AUGAUCGCGACACAAACCACCGCCGAGGCCUGCGCGCUGGCCGUGUUGGGCCUCUCCGGGAGCGGCGACGCCGGGGCGGCGCACUCCGCGGCCGUGCUCGGCGCCGCGGAGCUGCGCUUCGGCUUCAACGACGCCGGCACCCUCACCUUCGGCACCAUGACCAUUAAAAAUCCCGGCGACCUCGCCGCGCGCGUCGUCGAGGGCGACACGAUGCUGCACGUCGCGGUGCGGAGCUCGCUGCAGGACGUCUGCGGCGCGCUGCUCGCGCCGGACGCGCGCGCGCCGCUCGGCGUGCGCAACGCGCGCGGCGAGACGGCCUUCGAGGUCGCCGUCGCCGGCGACGCGCCGGCGGAGACGAAGGAGGACGCGGAGGCGGACGCGGACCUCGCGCGCGCGCUCGCCCUGUCGCUCGAGGACGCGGCGCCCGCCGAAGAAAGUUUUUUCGGCGGGCUGCUGCCGAGCUGGGCGACGCGCGACGCGGACCUCGACGCCGCCGUCGAGCGGUCCCUGGCGCCGGAGGCCGACGAGCAUUUGGACGCGGCGCUCGCCGCGAGCCUGGCGCAGGAGGACGAGGACGCGGCGCGGCAGCGCGCGGAGGACGACGAGGCGCUCGCGCGGGCCAUCGCCGCCUCCGUCGUCGACGACGGGGCGGGGCGCGCGUCGCCGUCGGCGCGGCCGCCGUCGCCGGGGGACCUCGCGCGCGCCGUCGUCGCGGGGCGGAAGAGCUUGCGCAAGGUGCCGCCGCCGAAGGCCGCGGCGCCGCCGCAAGCGCCGCCGCCGCAAGCGCCGCCGCCGAAACCGCCGCCGCCGAAACCGCCGCCGCCGAAGCCGCAAGCGCCGUCGCCGAAUGUCGCGCCGUCGCCGAAGCCGAAGCGCGCGUCCUUCUUCUCGUUCUCGCGGGCGAAGAAGGCGCCGGCCGCCGCGGACCGGCCGCCGCCGCCGCCGCCGCCGGGCGCGACGCUGCACGCGUCGCUCGCGCCCGCCGUCGACCGCGCCGGCGGCGGCGUCGCGGCGGCGGCGGCGGCGGCGGCCGCGCGGCGCCGGGGGCCCGUGGUCUCCGCGGAGCAGACGCAGCGGAUCCGCGAAUUGGAGAACACCGUCGCGGUGCUCCGGGGCGAGCUCCAGCGGAGCCGCGCGUCGGGCGCCGGGAGCCCGCCGCCGGGCGCGCCCGCGCCGGCGUCGCGCCGGUCCAUCGAGGCCAUCGAGGACGAGCUCCGGGCGGCGACGGCGCGGUGCCUCGCGGGCGACCCGACCGCGGAGGCGGACCUCGAGCGUUUGGACGCCGCGCUCCGCGCGCACCCCGACUUCGCCGUGCGCCGCGCGUCGGAGAAGGCCCGGUGGGACCGCGACGAGCGCGCGGCGAACCGCGCGGCGUUGAAGGCGACGCGGGGCCUCGUGCCGCCGGACAUCCUGCGGUCGACGGCGGCCAAGGUCCGCGAGGACGUGUCGCGCGCCGUCGGGCCGGGCGCGGCCGCGGACGCCCUGGCGAAGCGCGUCUGGGGCCUCGGGGCGCUGCGGCUCGCGCGCGCGCCCGCGGCCAUGCUCCGCAAGGCGCACAUCGCGGACCUCCGGGGGCGCUACGCGCUCGCGGGGGCCGUCGACGUCGUCGAGCUCCGGGCCAUCUACGCGGCGCUGCCCCGCGACUUCGACAACGACGGCGACGGCGCCAAGGCCGCCUGGCGCGAGCAGGUGCGCGCGAAGCUCGUCGACGCCGUCGACCGGGAGAAGCGCGGCGCGCUCGCCGCGGGCGAACAGCGGCACGCGGCCUACCGCGCGCUGCCGCGCGCGGGGCCCUUCUUCGACACGGACGACGCCGACGACUGGACGCCGGACGCCGCGGACCCCUUCGCCAAGGGCGGCGCCGCCGCGGCCCGGCCCGCGGCGGCGGCGCCCGCGGGGCUCAUGUACGGCACGCUCAUGGGCAUGACCGGCCUCGUCUCCUCGAAGGGCCGCGGGCCGACGCCGCCGCCGGCGGGUCCCGCGGGCAAGGCGAAGGGCUGCGCCGCGGCGGCCAAGGCGGCCAAGGCGUCCAAGGCGUCCAAGGCGCCGCGCGUGAACCACGCGCCGGCGCCCGCGCCGGCGUCCGAGGCCGCGCGCCCCAAGGCCAAGGUGCUCAAGGCCUCGGCCGCCGGCGGCGACGCGGCGAAGGCGUCGCGGCGGCCCGCGGCGCCGUCGCCGGCCGCGGCCGCGGCCGCGGACCUCGGCGCCGCCGAGCCGCCGAUCCGCGAGGUCGAGGCGCCGGCGGUGUGCAAGAACCACCUCCACGGCGUCUACGAGCUGCCGCGGCUCCUGCCGGCCGCCGCGUGCGACGCCGUCGUCGCCGAGGUCCUCGACAAGGUCAAGCGCGGCGCCGUCACGGACCGCGGCGCGGGGCUCCCGACGAAGGACGUCUACGUGCGCGACGUCGCCAACGCCGCCGUGCUCUACCGCGCGCUCGACGCCGGGUGCCACCUCAUCGAGAUGUGCACGGGCAAGCUCGUGACCUACGAGCGGAAGAAGGCCUUCCUCAUCGCGUACGCGGGCCUCGGCAAGCACAAGGACGGCAACCGGGACAACCAGGGCCCGACGCUGCUCAUCACGCUCGACGCGCCGACGGACUACGUCGGCGGCGGCACGCGCUUCCACCCCGGCGACGGCUGGGAGGGCGAGCCCGAGGCCGCGCCGCCGCCGAUGGACGUGCGGCCGGGCAAGGGCUGCGGCGUGACCUUCGGCCCGAAGAUCCAGCACGAGGGCCUCCGCAUCACGGCGGGCCGGCGCCACCUCCUCUGCAUCUUCCCGGACCUCGUCCCGGAGGCCGCGCCGGAGCCCGAGAAGCGCCGCGUCCGCGACUCCCAGCGCCACGCGGCGCUCGUCGUCUUCGGCCGCCUCAAGAAGAAGGCCUAG